GCUUAGAGGGAGUGUUAUGUCCCACCCAGCAGAUGAAGCACAACAUGGCCACAGAAACUUUCCCAGUCAUCCAGCAAAUAGGCAGGAGUACCGAUGCCAAUAGUGCAGAUCUAUGGAAUGCCAUGCAUCACCCAGACCUGGAAUUAGCUGCCACCUGCCUGCUGAGAGAUCAGUAUGGCAAGACUUUGGAGUUUGGGGACUUAUACAGAGAUAGUACAGCCAUCAUAAUAUUCGUGCGGAAUUUCCUCUGCUACACAUGUAAAGAAUAUGUGGAAGAUUUGGCUAAGGUUCCAAAAAGCUAUCUAAAGGCCGCAGGUGUCAGACUUAUAGUUAUUGGGCAGUCAUCCUAUCAACAUAUACAGCAAUUUUGUUCCUUAACCAAAUUCAGUCAUGAAAUCUAUGUUGAUACUGGCAGAGAGAUCUAUUGCAAACUGGGCAUGAAAAAAGGAGAGUCUUCUAGUUCUUCAGCAGGAAGCCCCCAUGUGAAAUCAAACAUGAUCACUGGAAGUGUCAAAAGCAUUUGGAGAGCAAUGAAAAGCCCUGCAUUUGAUUUUCAAGGGGAUCCGGCGCAGCAAGGUGGAGCACUAAUAGUAGGACCAGGUAACAGAGUCCAUUUCCUGCAUCGAGAUUUGAACAGAUACGAUCAUGUGCCUAUAAGUUCCUUGCUUCAAUAUGCAGGGGUGCAAACAGUCCAUUUUGGAGAAAAGCCACAAAUACUAGAAGUAUGAAGUUAAAUGGAAGACCCUGUGUUAUAAAGAGUAAACUAUAUUUUUAUUGCAGCUUCUUUCCAAAGCUAUUUGACAUAAGAUAAAUAAAUGUACUUUUCUAUUAUG